AUGUUGGCCCUUCGCCAUGUCUGGAUCAUUGUAAGUGAUGUUGCCAAUACACUUUUCGGUUCACCCUUCUUCCGAGAUGGACCUCAACACCACCUAGGAGCCAAGUUUAGCUGGUCGAACACCGACCUUGAGACCGCUGGACAUGGUAGUCCCAUCUUCGCGCCUCCUGGCAGCAACAUUGAUAAAUUUGUCUGUGACUACAGCCAGAUGAAGGGUUUCAAGCCAUGCGGCACUGCAGAGGACCGAAGCUGUUGGCUUCGCAACUCGGAUACCGGAGAAGAAUACAACAUCACAACCGACUAUGAGGACAAGAUGCCGCAAGGCAUCACUCGAGUAUACUACCUCAACGUUACGGAUGGCUACAUCAAUGCGAACGGCCUGAACUUCACCGAAGCAAAGCUUUUUAACAACACUUGGCCUGGGCCUCUCAUCGAAGCUUGUUGGGGUGAUACUGUCGAGAUCCACGUUCAGAAUCUCCUCGUCAACAAUGGAACCAGCAUUCACUGGCAUGGCAUCAGACAGAAUCAAACAAUGCACAUGGAUGGUGUCAACGGAAUUACACAAUGUCCCAUUGCUCCACAGUCCAGCUUUGUCUACCGAUGGGAUGCCACACAGUACGGCUCCUCGUGGUAUCACAGCCACUACUCGGUUCAGUACGCCGACGGAUUGCAAGCCCCCAUUACCAUCCACGGACCAACAUCCUUCCCGUACGACGAGGCUAUUGAGCCAAUCUCGGUGACUGAUUGGGCGAAUAAUAGUGCAUUCGAAAACAUGUACAUAAAUGCAACCGGACAAGACAUACUCCUGGGUGGCAUCGGGAACAUCACUCGAUUCACUGGUGGAGGUAUUGAUAACACCACAGAAAUUCCCCGUGGUUACGAGAUCUGGUUCGAUGACAUCGAGCCCAACCCCUCGACGAGAGCAAAGCGGUACCUAUUGCGCCUUGUUAACACUGCUUAUGAUUCAACGUUUAUCUUCUCCAUCGACAACCACAAUUUCACUGUUGUUGAGGCAGACUUCGUUCCCAUUGAGCCAUUCAAUGCAACUUCUCUCCUCAUCGCCAUCGGACAGAGGUAUCAUAUUAUCGUUGAGGCAAAGCCGGUUGUCGACAGUUCGAACCCCGAUGCUAAUCCUCUGCCGGCGGAUGGCAAUUUCUGGAUUCGAACCCAAUUGCCAAUGUAUGAAGGCACAAAUUUGACGAAAGAAGGCAACAUUGCUGUAGAUGUGAACAACUACAUGAAGACCGGCAUCCUCCGUUACGACAGUUCCAGUACAGCAGACCCCACUACCACGGGUUGGAACAUUAGCCUCGCUUUCUCAGACACGGACUUUAACAACAAACUGGUGCCGACUGUUCCUUGGACAGUUGGAAUUCCGGCAAACGGCGGCGUCGGCGAACAAUUCAACAUCGCGGACCUACACAACGUAAGCAAAAGCGGACCAUAUGCGCAGGCCUUUUUCUCUUUCGAGCGACCGGAGAGCAAGGACGUGAACCCCUUCCAGACCGCGUACGGGAACCCUACGUUCCUAAACCUCGACAAUGUUGGCGAUGAGUGGCCAACAGGAUGGGUGGUCGUGCCGGAGAAUUAUACCGCAAAGGACUGGGUUUAUCUAGUUCUCAACUCCAACAACACCGACAUAACCCACCCGACAUUUGGUCCUCAUCCCAUCCAUCUCCACGGCCAUGAUUUUGCCAUUGUCCAGCAGGAGGAUGACAAGUUGUGGGACCCAGCAGAUUUCAAUCCCAACACAAGUAAUCCGCCCCGCCGUGACGUGGUACUGCUUCCCAAGAGCGGCUAUGCCGUCAUUGCCUUCAAGUCCGAUAACCCCGGCGUGUGGUUAAUGCAUUGCCAUAUUGCCGGCCAUGCUUCCGCUGGCCUGUCUCUCCAGAUCAUGGAACGACAAGCUCAGGCUAACGUCAUUUGGAGGCCCGGAAGCUCUCCGGCCCUAGAUGAGGCCCAUACUCUCUGUGCAAGCUGGAAUACUUGGGCGUAUGACUGCAAGAACUACUGGCCUGGCAACCUGGGUACCGAUGAGAAUCCAGACUACCCUGCCUGCGCCAAUGCCACCAACCUUCAGAACGAUUCUGGAGUUUAG